CUUUCUUUCUUUCUUUCUUUCUUUCUUUCUUUCUUUCUUUCUUUUGGUUCUUUUUUUCGGAGCUGCGCUUCCUAGGCAAGUGCUCUAACCACUGAGCUAAAUCCCCAAUCCCUCUUUUUUUUUUUUUUUAAAGAUAUGUUUAUUUAUAAUACACUGUAGCUGUCUUCAGACCCACCAGAAGAGGGCAUCAGAUCUCAUCAAGAUGGUUGUGAGCCACCAUGUAGGUGCUGGGAUUUGAAUUCGGGACCUCUGGAAGAGCAGUCAGUGCUCUUAACCACUGAGCCAUCUCUCCAGCCCCUACCCCCGCCUUUCAAAGGCUAGGUUUUACUUUUUGAGAAAGCUCAGCUUAUCUCUUUAAUGCGAUACUUUCUGGUUUUGUGGCCAUCCGAGGCUCUCUUUUUAUCAGAUAUCCGACUGUUAUAGCAUACAGUAGUAGCUACGUCCAUCAUUCCGGGUCCUCCACCCCCAAAGCUGCUCGUUGCGCCCAGCGCUAGAACCCUACGCGGAGCGGAGAGCGCUCUCAGGUCCUCCUCACCAUGGAAGGUCGCUCACCUAGCGUACUGCAGAACCAUUAUCUACUGCCAGCUCCGCCAGCACCCCGGGACCGUACAACGCCCAGCAACAUGAAUGCCUGGAGUGCUGCUGCUCAGCAGGUCCCGGAUGAAACCCAAGAGAGUUCUCCCUGCCUUCGGGUCAAUGCUGACCCGGCUACUCCGCCCGGCCAGGCCACCGGUGCACUCGCAGCGGAAAGUACAACUAGGAGAGUGCGAGAAGGGCGGGACUGCGCUGAGGACCCGCCCCACCCGAGGCCCCACCCCAGGCCACGCCCAAUGCUCCGGACCAUGUGAGGCGCGUGCGCACCGAGGGUCUGGUCGCGUUGCCGUAGUUACUGGAGACGCGCUCCGCCGGGCAGACAGGCGCGCUUCCGGAGCGGGGCGCGGCAGCCGGAAGUGCGUGGCCGCCGGGGCCAUGGCGGCGCUCAGCGUCGUCUGUCUGCUGCUGGCAGCAGCAUCCUGGCGGCCGGUCUCGGCUUCAGGAGAAGAAUUCUGGCCUGGCCAGUCGGCGGCGGACAUCCUGUCGGGGGCGGCAUCCCGCAGACGGUACCUUCUGUAUGAUGUCAACCCCCCGGAAGGCUUUAAUCUCCGCAGGGAUGUCUAUAUCCGGGUGGCAUCCUUGCUAAAGACGCUGCUGAAGACAGAGGAGUGGGUGCUUGUCCUGCCCCCAUGGGGCCGCCUCUACCACUGGCAAAGCCCUGAUAUCCAUCAGGUCCGGAUUCCCUGGUCUGAGUUUUUUGACCUCCCGAGUCUCAAUAAAAACAUCCCCGUUAUAGAGUACGAGCAGUUCAUUGCAGAGUCCGGCGGGCCCUUUAUUGACCAGGUGUACGUCCUGCAAGGCUACGCCGAGGGCUGGAAGGAGGGCACCUGGGAGGAGAAGGUGGACGAGCGGCCCUGCAUAGACCCUCUGCUGUACUCACAGGACAAGCAUGAGUAUUUCAGAGGCUGGUUUUGGGGCUACGAAGAAACACGGGGUCUGAAUGUCUCCUGCCUGUCCGUCCAGGGGUCGGCUUCUGUCAUCGCGCCUGUACUCUUAAAAAACACAUCUGCUCGGUCUGUGAUGCUGGACCGAGCUGAAAACCUGCUUCAUGACCACUAUGGAGGCAGAGAGUACUGGGACACCCGGCGCAGCAUGGUGUUUGCAAAGCACUUGCGGGCCGUGGGAGACGAAUUCAGGAGCCAGCACCUCAACUCCACGGAUGCCGCCGAUAAGAUGGUCCUGGAGGAAGACUGGACCAGGAUGAAGGUCAAACUGGGCUCAGCGCUAGGCGGCCCCUACCUUGGCGUCCACCUGAGAAGGAAGGACUUCAUCUGGGGCCACAGGGAGGAUGUGCCCAGCCUAGAAGGUGCCGUGAAGAAGAUCCGCAGCCUCAUGAAGACUCACCAGCUGGACAAGGUGUUCGUGGCCACAGAUGCCAUCAGGAAGGGAAGAACUGAGGAAGCUGCUGCCGGAAAUGGUGAGGUUUGAGCCCACGUGGGAGGAGCUGGAACUGUACAAGGACGGAGGCGUCGCCAUCAUCGACCAGUGGAUCUGCGCUCAUGCCAGGUGCCUGGGCUCACGGUGCUCUCAGAGGUUCCUGUCACCCCCUACUCAGCAGCCAGAGCAGGUGGUUGUGACCGUCUCCCACCUCUGUCCCCAUUUAGAAAGCUUCGUUGCUUUCUAAACUGUAACACCCAGCCCACCCCGUGUUUCCUUGGGUUGCUGGGAACCGUGGGAUUAGACCCUGCAGGUCUUUUGCACACACAUCCUCCGUGCCGCAUACCUAGACCUCGUCUGCUUUGUCCGUCCAAGAGAGGGGCACUGCCCAGGCUGCUGGCCUCCUUGCUAUGUUUGUGCCGCUGAAGCAACACAGGGCUUCCUGGGGCCAGAGGCCUCAGUGCCACUGCUCCAGGAGACCAGGAGGGCAGCUGGCCUUGUACCGUUCUUCUGUGUGUCAGCUGUAGGAGCCUCAAAGGUGGGCUCAGGUUGGAAUGUCCCGAGUAGAAUGGGAAACGAGGCAGAAAGUGUAGCUUCCCCCUGGCUCCAGACGCUGAGGUGCUCGGAGUGUGCACACAGGGCUAGAGGGCUGCUGUGUGGCCGCCUUGCCCUGCUGCUUUGCUUUUCUGCCGUGCUCUGGCCCGAGAGGUCCCCGCUGACACCAUGCCAGCACCAGGGGUAGGCAGGUGAGGGCCUCAUCGUUGAUCUGCUGUCCACUUCCAGGCAUGGCUUGUUUACUCUGAGUGACGAGAAGAGCCAGGCCCUUCUGUCUUUUUGCCCUGUUAGUGCUGCGAGCUGGCCCUUUCUCUCUGCCUGGGGUUCUUCCCAGGACCUGCUAGACAAAGUGCUUCACACAGCUGGUUGUAGUCGCCUCCACCAUUGGCACCACCCGCCUGAUGCCUCCAUAGGUGGGGCGAGCCUCAGGCCCCGAGUUUCAGGAUAGUCAUGUGACACAGCUCCGCUUGGAUCAGUUGGUUACUUAAGUGCCAUCAGAGGGCCGGGGUAUAGGAGUCAGGGCUGACUGCAUGGCUGUCACCCCAGAACUCUGAAGGAGCCUGGAAAAGGGUCUCCCUUGGCUGUGACAGCAUGUGUGUGGCACCUGCCAUUGUCAGUGUGCCAAGGUGGACUCAAGUCCCUGGUGUUCGUUGCACAGCCAGGUGGAGGUCUGCAAGGCACAGUGGCUGCUGAGGUUUGGGCUGACUGUGCAGGUGCCAGUGCUGAGGGCACCAGAGCCUCUGGUGGGGGGUGUGAGUGUGUGCGCGCGUGUGUGUGUGUGCGCGCGCGUGUGUGUGUGACCAGUGCCAGUCCCUGGUAACGUCUCGGUGCUCUGCAGGUUUUUUAUUGGUACCUCCGUUUCCACGUUUUCCUUUCGGAUUCAUGAAGAGAGAGAGAUCCUGGGGUUGGACCCCAAGACGACAUACAACCGGUUCUGUGGAGACCAGGAGAAAGCGUGCGAGCAGCCCACGCACUGGAAGAUUGCGUACUGAGGGCCACCUAUCCACCACCAGUCACUCGGUCACAGGGUCCCCGAGGAGGCUCCCACUUGGGUAACAACACAUCUGAAGCCCGUGUUCCCUUGUGUCCAUGGGCUGACAUCUACCUGUGUCUAGGCUCUGCCACCUUCAGGAUUCACAAAUGUGUCUUCUCUCAGUACCUGAGAACCCAUGUCCCCAUCACAGAUGUCACAUGCGUGCAAGUCCAGAAAUGGGAGAACAUUUGUCAGCUCCGGCACAAGCCUUUCAACCGCCUUCCUGAGCAAGUUGAGAAUGGCCAGUGUGUGGCAACCCGUACAGGCGUGGAUGCGGGCUCCUGAGGUGUUGGGGUGACUGACUUCUGAGAUCACUUCACACAUGGCCAGUGUGAGCAGACACCAGGUUUUGCCUCAGCCUCCACCUGUAUGGAGGUUCCUUCUGAGUGAACGACUCAGGCACUGCUGUCAUCUGAGUGCUGGGAACCUUAGGACAGCCCUUGAGCCUUGCCAUAGACUCUCUCACCUCACGUGGAUUCCCCAGACUCGUUGCACACUGCUGAGAAAUAGAAUGGAGAGGGAACAGAAGUGGCCUUCAAAAGGCCACAUCUGAGACAUGCCCCUGCUUUAUGAAACCCUUUCCUAGGCCUCACGCUGCACCAUGGGAGGCAGAGUCAGCACAGCCUUGGCCAGGGCAUCCCCAGGUCCUUGACCUGGUGCUUACCAGUACACCCCUCCCCCCAGUGCUGUGCACUGAGCACCCCUGCCCCCUCAGCUACUGCCCAGGUCUCCAUCCCAAGCACCAAGGUAGUCCCUGAGCACAGACUCAGCCAACCAAGUAGAAUCACGUAUUUAUUUUCCAUUUGUACAUCCAAGAGUAUGAAUAAAAUACUUUUUCAAGAAAGCUGCAAUCCUAGAAA